UAUCAGCAAUACUCUAAUGGAGACCAGGAUACUGACGCACCUAAAUCAAGGUUUGGAGAGAUGGACAGGAACGACAGCGGGAGCGGGUUUGGCAGGAGACCCAACAACUUCAACCAGCAGAGACCAGACCGCAGAAAUGAUGGCGGCGGAGACGGAGGUUUUGCUGGUGCGAGUAGGCCUUCAGCUAGAAGACCUCCUAAACUGGUACCAUUCCCAGCACCACAGCCUACUGCUGAUAAAAAUGCUCCGCCUCCUCCUUCAGCAAAGGUGGCAGUAAUCGGGAACCUUCACCCAAAGCUCAUGCAAAGCAACAUCUAUGAUCUUUGCAAGAAGGCGAAAGUUCACCCGCUAGAAGUAUCCAUGAAAAACUAUGAUAGGCCACCGUACCCAAAGCUGCAUUAUGCGUUGGUGUACGUAAGGAACCAAGAAGAAGUCAAAGAGAUAGUCAUCUCACUGAAAGGCUUACAACUGAAUGGUUAUACGCUGAUUGUGGGAUCAGCAGAUGAGUUGUUGGAAGAAGGACAGUUGUUAAAACAAACAAAGUAAUUAAGUCAUGACUUACGGUAAUUACUUUGGUAAUAUUGUUGUUUGAGAAAACACAACCCAAAAUUUUAAUGAUAAUGAUAAUGAUAAUGAGUGGUGUGGAUAAACCAGUAAAUUUUUAUUUCUUGUGUUGUAAUGGU